CAUCCAUUAUAUUAUUAUAAUAUACAGUCUCACAAUUUCCUCCACGUAGCUGAGUCUUUAGAUAAACAAUAUCUAUAUAUACCCUUCCUGAGCUGUCCUACAUUACAUUAUCACUACUCUUAUCUUAGGGCACCAUUCCUCUUGUUUACAUACAGCCGCCAGACGUCAGAAGAGGGAUCUUCGCAAUUACCAAAUCUUCUUUCUCUGUCUCUCUAAUAUCUUUUCAAGCUGAAACCGAUCAAGCAACCAGAGAUCGAAAUGGACCUCUACCUCAGUUCCUUACUCUGCCUCAUCCUAACCCUGAUCACCAUCCUCUAUUUCCAGACCAGAAAACCAUACAAAACACGGCCCAAACUCCCGCCGGGCCCGGCCAGGCUUCCAAUAAUAGGCAACCUCCACAAUCUGGGCGACCAGCCCCACAAAUCACUAGCCGAUCUAGCCAAGAUCCACGGGCCCUUGAUGAGCCUGAAACUCGGCCAGGUGACCACCAUAGUCGCUUCCUCCCCUGCCGUAGCCAGAGAGAUCCUCCAAAAGCACGACCAUGUCCUCUCGAACCGCCACCUCGGCCUCGCCAUACAGGCCCACGACCACCACCGGUUCGGCAUGCCGUGGCUCCCCGUGGAAUCCGAGUGGAGGAACCUCAGAAAGGUCUGCAACUCCUACAUCUUCACUACCCAGAAGCUGGAUUCCAACCAGGAGCUUCGUAGGAAGAAGAUCGAAGAGCUCCUUGAAGGUGUUCGACGAAAUGCGCGAGAGGGAAAGGCGGUGGAUAUCGGGAGAGAAGCGUUCAGGGCAAGUCUGAAUGCGCUGUCGUCGACGAUUCUGUCGCUGGAUCUGGCGGACGAUGAGGGAUCGGAGACGGCCAGGGAGUUUAAGGAGGUUGCCAGGGGGAUUAUGGACGAGGUAGGGAAGCCCAAUUUGGGUGACUAUUACCCUGUUCUUGCGAAGAUGGACUUGCAGGGGAUACAGAGGCGGAUGAGGACUCACUUUGGGAAAGUUUUGGAGCUGUUUGGUUCGGUGAUCGACGAUCGGUUGGAGAAACUGAAGUCGGAGAGCUACGUCUCCGGCAACGACAUGCUCGACACGCUGCUGGCUAUUGGAGAUGAUCGAAACCGCGAGGCUGCUAUGGAUCCACUUCGCAUCAAACACUUGUUUUUGGAUCUAUUCGUAGCUGGAACAGAUACGACUUCGAGCACGUUGGAAUGGGCAAUGACAGAAUUGCUUCGCAAUCCCAACAUACUCGCUAAAGCUAAGGAAGAACUAGACCAAAAGAUCGGAAGUGGUAAUCAUCUUCGAGAGUCAGACAUCUCUCGAUUACCCUAUCUUCAGUCUAUAAUCAAAGAGACCUUCAGGUUACACCCCGCGAUUCCUCUGCUACUCCCUCGCAAGGCGGGAGCAGAUGUGGAAAUAUGUGGCUUUGUUGUGCCAAAGGGAUCGCAAAUCAUGGUCAAUGCAUGGGCUAUAGGUCGGGAUCCGGCUACAUGGAACAAUCCCAACUCGUUUGUGCCGGAAAGGUUUGUGGGAUCAGACGUUGACCCCAAGGGGAAUAGCUUCGAGUUGAUCCCAUUUGGUGCUGGUAGAAGAAUAUGUCCUGGAUUACCAUUGGUAAUGAGGAUGUUGCACAUGAUGCUUGGUUCUUUGAUUCAUUGGUUUGAUUGGAAGCUGGGGGAUGGAGUUGAGCCAAAGAACUUGGAUAUGGAAGAGAAGUUUGGGAUCACUUUGCAGAAGGCCAAACCUUUGCUUGUUGUUCCAAUACCCAGAUAGAGCAUGAGCUAGCCCUCUUUUCUCGACAACUAUAAAAGUACUUCUCUUGUCGUGUAUUGUUUUAUGAAGUUUUACUUGUUGGAUUUCAGAUGGAACAUAAAGCUAUAUUUUGAUUUGAAGAGGAUCUUGGUUAUUGUAUUUGUAAUCAUGCAAUCAAACAACAUAUGAGUUAUUGUUUUCUUUUUUCCCACAAAAAGAGUGUUGAAAUGAAG